CUCAGCUUCAACUUCAACUGCACUACCUGUAUCCUGCUGAGCUUGCCAUCUACCGGUUCGGCCAAACACAGACUCAUAUACACAAUGAACCAACCACAGAGUCCAGAUCUCAGUAGUCUGUCAUCCCAAUUUCAAGGUCUAGCUGAGAACCUCACCCAUGAAUGGGGAUUCUUCGUGGUGCGCACCGCGUACACGGCGGACGUCGACAAAGAAAGCUGGACAGCCGCACUGGAAAAUCUUCAUCGAUAUGUCAAGGCGGGUGACGAUGCUGCCGAGAUACACCCUAGCACACUUGCCCUACCCGUCAUUGCGGAUCGAAGCGCCCUAAACGGAAUCGACUACGCCUCUAUUCGCAAUGCUUUCACCGGUUGGCUGGGUGAGUUCCUUCACCAUAAGAGGCCGUUGGACGAUGAUGGUAAUGAAGACUGGCCGUCUGAUGUGCGCCGUGACGUCUUCAUAGUCAUCGACGAUCCCUCAUUAGCCUCUCUCCUCAACGCACCCGAGCCCGUUCGGGGCCGCAGCCCCAAUCUCGACCCGGAGCCAUGGGUCAUCGUCGUGGACUCUGAGGAUCCAGAUACCGUGCCAUAUCGCGGCGGCGGCCCGUAUAUGGGUUUCAUGAGAGCGCGUGCAUGUGCAUUGGGACAGCUUUUUGAAGACCUCGGUUCGAGGUCCAUGGGAAGGGUGUGUCCAGUCCGGGAGUAUGAGGGCCAGAUUCCGUUGUACGAUGGAUCUCUGCGUGGAAAGCUGAUUGACGGUGAUUUUGCUGCUGGUGCAAGAUACAGGUUUCCGCGAGGCACACCAAGGGGAGCGGAUGGUGCCAUGAAACCAACAUUCGGAGCUUCUUCAGGCCGUCAUCCUCAAGCAGGUUAAGCUAGGUAGGCCUCGCCGCUUUUUUUUACCUUCUAUAAUAAUCCAGAUAAGGCUAGGGUAAGGGUAAGGUCAGGGUGAAGCUAGGUUGGUGAUCUACACAUUGCUUAGAGAUUUUUAUAAAGUUGCUCUAUAGGCAUUAGAAAUACGCUUGAUAAAAUAGUAAGAUUUUAGUAAAGUAAUAGAUUAUUAUUAUC